AUCUAUGUGAACACCAUGCGCGAGAUCUCCGAGAGCCACAAGCAGCAGCUUGACGCACCGCACCGCUCGUAGUUCUCGACAAUACAGUGUCUGUAGAACGAGGACAUGUUGCUGCUGAACACUUCCGCUGCCUGGCUGCUGCUGCUGGCCUUCCUCGGGCAGCAGCUCUCUCUGUCCUGUGGCGCGCGCGAUAAGCACCGCGCGGCGGAGGACCACAGCGUGACCCCGGCCCCCGGCAGAGGGCAGAGGAGCGCGGGCAAGCCCGCAGCGAGCGCUCGAGGAAAGUUCUCCAUCGCCGACAAGAUGCGGUGCACGUGGAGCUCCGCGAGCGUCGGGGACACCGUCAGGCUGUCUGUGAAAUGCGUGGAACGGGAGGCGCGCGUCACAGGCGGUGUCAACGAGCUGCUGUGUCACUACGACGCCAAACCGCAGAGCUGCCCGGGCUACCUGUCCGACAACAAGGGCUUCUGGAAACAGGUGGGCCGCGCGCUCAAGAGGCGGAAGGGCCACGUGUGUGAGGACGAACGCACGUUGAAGGCUGGCAUGUGCAAGCGCGCGCCUCUGGACGCGAGCUUCAAGCUCGACACCCUCAGCUUCGUCCGCCUCGUCGCCUCGGGUCCGUCCGGAGAACCGGAGACUCCCGAGCCGCGGACGACGACGACGACGACGACGACGACGACGCCGCCGCCGCCUCUCUCCGUCUCCACCGCGGCGCCUGGGGCCGGACCGACGGCCUGCACAAAGAGUGCGAACCACCGGGAAACGGCUGAAGAGUAUUGCAGCGGCUCGUGGGCCGGGGUGUGCAACUUCUUGAUGUCCAUACUGCAGAGUGACGACUGUUGAGCUGCUUCCGGUCGCAGGAGGACAUUGUGGCGUUAAUUGUCGGUUCAUGUUUUGAUCUACAAGAGUCCGAGUUUCUCUGAGUUGUUUUCACAACCACUCAUAUGUUAGUUAUGUUCACCGGCUCAUGCAGAUGUGGAUAUGAUUAAGUUUUAUGUUUCAAGUAAUGUAUCACCAUGCGGUGGUUUUUACUUUGUACUUUAAGUACAAUGUUAAGAAAAAAAAAAAAAAACAAGAUAAAUACUUGUAUCAUGCAGUUGUGGUUACUUUUCAGAUUUUGAAUGUCCCUUUUAUUGUUAAAUUAGCUUCACCUUGACCAACCAUUUAAAAAGCUGCUCACACAUCGAUGCACUAAUAAUAAUGAUCAAAAUGUUACGAUAUAGAGAGAAAUACUUUUUAAUACUUGAAGAAAAAUGUGCUGAUGAAUCUGUUUUGAAUGUUGUGUUUUGGGCUUUUUUGACUUUUCAAUGAACCCUCCUCACCACGCCAUCGGUCAGGUGUUCAUUCACGACCACUAAACACGAACAUUGGAAACACAAAUCAAUGUUGACCUGAAAUGGUUUAAAAGUUUUGAAUCCUUGAGAAUAUUUGUUUUCUUACUUGUAAUAGCGUUAUUUUACAGUGUGAUAUUGUUUUAUUCAACCUGAACACUUCCUCUGUUUAUCCCACCAAACUGAAGAUUGAUUAUUAUAAUUUAGAGGGGUAUACAUUCCUUCUACCUCUGGUCAACUUUAUCAAUCAAUCAAGUAAACACCGCUGUAUUUAUGCACCACCAAAUAAAUAUUUUCUAUUUACA